AUGGCUAAUGAUCAUCAUUCGUUCUAUCUUAGUUCACCAUUCAAUUUCGAUGAAAUCCAGGGCGGCAACUAUGUUCCUAUUUCAGAUCAUCAUCAAGAUGAGGAGCCGAUCUUCAGUGUAAACAAAGCGAAAAACGACCAUUUGUUGGGUUUGGAAGACCAUGGAGAUCAUGAUCUUUCAGUUGAUUAUCAUCAAUAUGGCAAUAAUUUCACUGGUCAAAAAGGACAAGCUGAUCAUCAAUUUUCCAAAGAUCAAGAUCAACAACAACAACGCUCCAUUUUCGACGAUUUUGACACGAGCUCCAUCUUCCUACCAACACAACCAACGGAAGAAAUUAGUACUUCUAGUACUUUUAGUACAACUCAUAAUAUUGUAGAAGCGAUUAAGCAAAAGCCAAUUCAAACGCCUUUGUCUUCCCUAAAGCUCCUAAGCAACAACAGAAACGCCUUCAACAAGUUGAAGAUUGAAAACUUCAUAACCAAAUUACCACAAAGCAGCAGCUAUAACAAGACUUAUUCUCUCCGUCAGAAGCUAUCAACCGAAGAUAUCGUGAGGAUCGCCGGAGCAAGAUACAUACAAUUCUCGGACCAAGGCAAUUACCAUGGUUACUGCACGCCUUUACACCCUUUUGGCUGCGCUCUCUCAGGCCUCUCUGAUGGCGAAACAAAAGACGUCGAGCUCGUCCACAUUCUCCUGGCAGCGGCCGAGAAAGUAGGCUUCCAACAGUUCGAUCGGGCGACCAGAUUGCUCCAAAACUGUGAAGUGAUCGCCGCCUCUAGAUCCAACCCUGUCGAGAGAGUUGUCGCCGUUUUCGCUGGAGCUCUUCGAGAGAGGAUUGAGAGAGAAAAUGGAAUGUUUGUGGAGAAAAAUUUAGCGGAAAACGAUGAGAUAACACAAGGAUUGAGUACUAACCUUGCGACGCUUAGAUACCACCAACAGGUUCCUUUCCUUCAAGUGAUGCAGUUCCCAGCUAUCCAAGCUAUAGUGGAGAGUUUUGAGCCUGCGACUAAGCUUCACUUGAUUGAUCUCGAGAUAAGAAGCGGAAUCCAAUGGACAGGAUUGAUGCAAGCGCUAGCUGCGCGAGAGGAAAGGCCAAUUGAGCUUCUUAAAAUCACUGCCAUUGGAGUAAGAGGAAAGCAGAAAAUAGAGGAGACGAGAAAACGUUUAGUGAGUCUCGCGGAAUCUUUGAACCUGCUCUUUUCGUUUAACGCAGUGAUUGUCUCGGACAUGGAAGAUAUCAAAGAAGAAUUGUUCGAAAUCGACCGCAAUGAGACCGUCAUCGUUCACUCCUCGUUAUUCCUAAGGACAAUGCUUUGGAGGCCUCAUUGCCUGGAAAAGCUAAUGAGAGUGAUCAGGAAUCUUAGGCCUUCCAUGAUGGUGGUGGCGGAAGUGGAAGCAGAUCAUAAUUCACCAUCCUUCGCAAGGCGAUUCAUCGAGGUGUUGUUCUUCUACGCCGCGUUCUUCGACUGCUUGGAGACUUGCAUAAAUCUGGAAGAUUUUAGGACAACGAUGGAAGAAAUCUUAGCUGUCGGGAUCAAAAACAUGGUGGCGACGGAGAGGAGUGAGAGGAUUUAUAGAAAUGUGAGAAUAAAUGUGUGGAGGGCUUUCUUUACCAGGUUUGGAAUGGUGGAGAUAAAACUGAGUGACUCAUCUCACUACCAAGCUAGCCUUGUGGCUAAACAGUUUGGCUGUGGGAAUUCAUGUACUCUUGAAAGGAAUGGCAAGUGCCUAAUGGUUGGGUGGAAAGGAACCGCAAUUCAUUCCUUUUCAGCUUGGAAGUUCCUUUGA